CUUUUGUAUUUUAUAUCCGUAUAUUUAUUCUUGAUUGCGCUGCCAGUGCGCAUGGAGAUAUCCUACGCAUCUCCCAGUUUUCAGAACCUUUCAUCAGCUGAGUCUUCCUCCGCUACCACAGUCAAGAUGCCGUCGACUCGCACCAUUAAGACUAUUCCGCUCCAGCACCCGACGGAUAAGGCGUCGUCUUCGACUGCUUCGUUUUUUGGUGCUGCGUUUACGAAAUGGAUAACUCGUUUUAAGCUCAUGACGUGGAUUCAGUGGAUCGAGAUGUUGUUACCGUGCUCUCGUUGGAUUAGGACUUACAAGUGGCGGGAGUACUUCCAGAUCGAUCUCAUGGCUGGUGUCACCGUCGGUGUUAUGCUCGUGCCGCAGGCAAUGUCUUAUGCAAAAUUGGCUGGGCUUGAGCCGAUAUAUGGGCUAUACUCUGGUUUUGUGCCAAUAUUUGUGUAUGCCAUAUUUGGGUCAUCUCGGCAGCUAGCUAUUGGUCCUGUAGCUUUGGUUUCUCUCUUAGUCUCUAAUGUCUUAGCUGGCAUUGCUGAUUCAUCCGAUGAGUUAUACACAGAACUUGCAAUAUUAUUGGCUCUUAUGGUUGGAAUAUGUGAAUGCAUUAUGGGACUGUUAAGGCUUGGAUGGCUUAUACGUUUCAUUAGCCAUGCUGUGAUCUCUGGCUUUACAACAGCUUCAGCCAUUGUGAUUGCCUUAUCUCAAGCUAAGUAUUUCUUGGGUUACAGUAUUGUACGUAGCAGUAAGAUUGUGCCACUGAUUAAGAGCAUAAUUGCUGGAGCAGACAAGUUUUCAUGGCCUCCUUUUGUAAUGGGAUCCAUCCUUCUUGCUAUACUUCUGAUUAUGAAGCACCUGGGAAAAACAAGGAAGUGCUUCAGGUUUCUGCGGGCAGCUGGUCCCCUCACAGCAGUUGUCUUGGGGACAACUUUUGUUAAAAUAUUUCAUCCAUCUUCCAUUUCCUUGGUAGGAGAGAUACCACAAGGCCUCCCAAAGUUUUCUGUUCCUAAAGAAUUUGGUUAUAUAACAUCUUUGAUUCCAACUGCACUUCUCAUAACUGGGGUAGCUAUAUUGGAAUCUGUAGGGAUUGCAAAAGCAUUGGCUGCGAAGAAUGGGUAUGAAUUGGACUCAAACCAAGAGUUAUUUGGCCUUGGUGUAGCUAAUAUUGUGGGCUCAUUCUUUUCAGUAUAUCCCACAACAGGCUCCUUUUCUAGGUCAGCUGUGAAUCAUGAAAGUGGAGCAAAAACUGGCUUAUCAGGAAUUAUAACAGGAAUCAUAAUGGGCUGUGCUCUUUUAUUCUUGACCUCAUUAUUUGAAUACAUACCUCAGUGUGCUCUGGCUGCAAUAGUAAUCUCUGCUGUUAUUGGUCUGGUGGAUUAUGAAGAGGCUAUAUUUUUAUGGGGUGUAGAUAAGAAAGAUUUUCUUCUAUGGACAAUUACUAGCGUUACAACUUUGUUCCUUGGUAUUGAGAUUGGUGUCCUUGUUGGGGUAGGUGCUUCACUUGCCUUUGUCAUCCAUGAAUCAGCAAAUCCUCAUAUUGCUAUAUUGGGACGUCUUCCUGGCACCACUGUGUAUAGAAACAUUCAACAAUAUCCAGAAGCCUAUACUUACCACGGAAUUGUGAUUGUUCGUAUUGAUGCACCUAUCUAUUUUGCAAAUAUAAGUUACAUAAAAGACAGGCUACGAGAAUAUGAACUUGAUGUUGAUAAAUCUAUAAGACAUGGACCAGAAGUUGAGAGAAUCUACUUUGUGAUCUUAGAGUUGGCACCUGUCACUUACAUAGAUUCUAGUGCUGUUCAAGCCUUGAAAGAUUUGCAUCAAGAAUACAGAACACGGGACAUCCAGCUUGCCAUUUCCAAUCCAAAUCGAGACGUUCUGAUGACGUUGUCGAAAUCUGGUCUGGUGGAUCUGAUUGGUAAGGAAUGGUACUUCGUUAGAGUCCACGAUGCAGUCCAAGUUUGUCUUCAGCAUGUGCAGAGCUUAAAUGAUGCUUCAAAGAUGGCAGCUCCAUUGCCUGAUGAUAAAGCAAGUUUCUUGCAGCGAUUAUUGAAACGUACAGAGCAGGAUUCAUCGAUUUCAGCACUGGAGUCAGGUAAUACAAGCCAUUCUGAUUCCAAGAACACAGACCCUCAACGGGAGCCAUUGUUACCUCGCAAAUAGAGGAAUUGCUUCCCAGUGAUCUACUGAUGGAAAUUUUUAUCAAGGCAAUCCAUGCGUCUCUGUAUAAGUUUUGAUUGUUUAUUGUAAGUAGAUUCCUUUGUUGUAAGAUUGAAAGAGUUCAUAAUACUAUACCACCAUUUUUUAGUACUGUAAAA